AUGGCAAAACAUGAGGAAUAUAAAACAAAUCAACUUCAACUUACAUCAGGUUUACAAUGUCAUCAUAAUUGUCCCUCAGGCUUCGAUGAGUCCGAAGAAGAGUGCGGGACUGCCCGAAAAUUACUGGAACUGCCUGGCGGUGUGUUUGCAGCCCUGGGCUGUAUAGCAGCCGCCAUCACUGCCUGCCUGAUAUUCUGCAUAUUUGGUCUACUUAGAAAACGCAAGAAAACUGUGCUACAAAAAUCCAUUAUCAACGGCGGCGAACGCGAAGACAUCAACACCUUACACGGCACCUAUCAAUACCUCAAAAGUACCGGACAGCACAACAGAGUUAAACGGGGACGUAUACAGCGGUCCGAGGAUUAUGAUAAUGAAAACAAAAGAAAGCCUAAAAGGCGUACUCAUCUACCACUAGGAGUACGUAUAAAAUGGGAUAAUGAGAAUACUCAUAAGCCUCAAGUACAACAACAUGGACUAACAGCUGGUAUAGUGGCACCUAAGAAUGUACACCAGCAUAGAAAUCAGCAUGAACAUGAACAUAAACAUAAGAACAAAAACAAACACGAUAAAAAAUCUCAUUACUCGGAUCUAGAUUAUUACAAUGGUAUUGGAAAUGAUUAUGAUGAUGAUGUGGAUGAUGACGAUGAUUAUGAAGAUGAAUAUGCUGAAUAUUUGGAUGCAGCUGCCGAUGCCUUAAAUAAUACCAAAAAAGCUCAAGUAGAACUGGUCAUUUUUAAUCGUGUACCCAAAGUAGGAUCUCAGUCUAUGAUGCAACUAAUGAUACAAUUGGGAAAAGUUAAUAAUUUUGAACAUUCACGCGAUGCCGGCAAACCACAUGAAACUAUUAUGAUUAAGCCGCCACUACAGAAACAAUUAUUGCAGGAGAUCUAUAACAAAUCAAGACCCCAUAUUUACAGUCAACAUUUAGCCUAUAUCAAUGUAACCCGUUUCCAUAUGCCCAGACCUAUUUACAUAAACUUAGUACGUGAUCCUGUAGAACGUAUUAUAUCAUGGCAUUAUUAUGUUAGAGCUGAAUGGUAUUAUCGUGAUAUGAAAGCUAAAUUGGGUGCUAAAGCACCCGCCAGACCAUCCGAUGAAUUCAUGAACAUGGAUUUCGAUACAUGUGUGCGAACACAGAAUAUCUAUUGUCAAUUCAAUCAAAUGGAAAUUAAAAAUCCCGCCCGAGAUCACAGACGUCAGACCCUAUUCUUUUGUGGUCAAAAUCAACAGUUGUGCAUGCCUUUUAAUUCUCAGGCUGCUAUGCAGAAAGCUAAACGUACCGUUGAGGAAGAAUAUGCUGUAGUGGGAACUUGGGAGGAUACGAAUAUUACUUUAUCGGUUUUAGAGCAUUAUAUACCGCGUUUCUUUAAGAAUGCUAAGGCUGUAUAUCACUGUAAGAAAUUAAAUGUUAUACCUAAAAGUAGACUUAAACAGCAAACUACUUUUUUGGGGAGAAGAGGACUUUGGAUCUAUACUCUCAAUCCAAAAUUACUCAAUAAUACCCAGUUUGCCACUCACGAUUUUUUGGUAUUCAAUCGUGUUCCCAAAGUGGGCAGUGAACAAUUGAUCGAACUGAUACGUCGUCUUAGUGAAGUCAAUGGUUUCGGUGUUAGUCGUGCUCCCUUUUCCGAACCAGUUUUAUAUCAUUUAGACGAUGCCCAACAGGGGGAAUUGGCCGAGAAAAUACACAACAUGGGUUCACCAUAUGCCUAUUCCAUGCAUUUUAAUUAUAUCAAUUUUCGUUUAUAUGAUUUGCCCCAACCUAUUUAUAUAAAUAUGGUUAGGGAUCCAGUGGAGCGUGUUAUAAGUUGGUUCUAUUAUCGUCGCACCCCCUGGAAUGCUGUGCAAACAUUUAGGAUCACUAAACAUUUUCGUACGUCUCAGUUCUAUAAGAAAAAUUAUGAACAAUGUGUGUUGGAAAAGGAUCCCGAGUGUGUUUAUAUGGAGGGAGCUAAUUUUGAGCAGAUGCAGGCCCAGCAUGUAAGACAAUCGUUGUAUUUCUGUGGACAUGAACCCGUAUGCGAACCCUUUAAUUCCUAUGGUGCCUUACAGCAGGCCAAGGAAAAUGUCGAACAUGAUUUUGCGGUAGUGGGCUCAUGGGAAGAUGUUAAUGUUACCUUAAAAGUUUUGGAAUAUUAUGUGCCCAAGUAUUUUAGAGGCGUCACCAAAUUGUAUUAUGAUGAUUUACAUGGUUUGGCUAAGGAAAAGCGUAAUGGCAACGCCUGGAAACCACCAGUUAGUGAUCGUAUAAAGAAUAUGGUUCGACAGAAUUUUUCCCGAGAAUAUGAAUUUUAUCAUUUUUGCAAACAACGAUUGUAUAAACAAUAUUUUGCUUUACAAAAUUUGGAAUAAUAUGAAACGCAUUAAAAGCUUUAAUUUAAUAAAGCUUUUGACUUAAAGCAUUGUAAAUAAAUUAGAGAUUGUGUUUAUUGAAAUAAAAACAUGAAAUAAUUAGAAAUUUUUCUUUGAAUAAACAUUUUUGUAUAAAAAGCUUUUUCUUUAAAAAGCUCUUUUAAGAAGGGAAUAUGUACCUAGUAAGAAAGUUUAGUACAAAUUGAAUUAACAAUAAUUGUUUGGCAAAACAUGAAAUAUUUAAAAAUUGUUCAAUAAAGCUUUUUCUAAAAAGUUUUUCGUUUAAAAAAGCUCUUUUAUGAAGGGGAUACUUAGGAGAUAACUUAUUUCAUAUUGAACUGUAUAAUAUUUGUUUUCAUUAAGAAAGCUUAAUACGAGUUUACAGAAAUAAGCUUUUAAUAAAAUGAGUAAUAAAAAGCUUUUGAUUAGAAACCUAAAAUUUAAAAAAGCUUCAUUACGAAUAAAGAAAACCAUAAACUUUUUUAAGAAAC